ACACACAUGAAUACACACACGCACACACAAAAUCAGACGCGCGCACACACGCACAAAUGAAUAAAUCAGAAAGAAAUAACAUAUUUAAGCAGAUUUUGGGAAGACGAAAUUCAAAUGGCAGUAUGUUGUGUUACCUGAUUUAGGUGCGUUGUGUUAUGUGUUUUAUGUCGUUGACGUCACGCGCCAGUCAGGCGCAUUCAGGUGAGCUCAAAGUUCAGAGAAAAUGAAACAGCAAGGACCUCAACGUCUCGCCGAAACGCCACAGCCCGUAGACGCAAGGCAUUGAUGGCGUUCGUCUGUUUUACUGACGGCUUCUUCAAUGAACUGUUCCGACCACUUCAUGACAACGGACCGUUCUUCGUCAGCCUACCACAGUUGAGCCUCCUGGAGUAUGCUGCCCUCUCCGCUUUCAAUCUCCAACCGGGCCCGCUGGAGGUGGAGCUACUGAAGCCCAUGGCGGUUAGCAUUCACAAGACUGGACUCACCAUCAGAAUUGAGGCAAGAGCCAGACCGCCCAGAAAACAACAUGGGCUCAUUGUGAAGUGUGAAGUGUCUAUGAAGGUGGCUAUCAAGGGAAACCAUCUGGUUCUACUUUAUGGGAAGGCCAUGUGUGAAAUUAGACCUUCCACGUUAUGGGGAACACUACUAAAGGGCUGUGCCAGGAUGAAGUUGGAAGAACUCAUUGAAUCCAAACUGAAAGAGUUGAUCACGAAAAUGGUGAUUCCUGGAGUCGUCACCGUUGAAGCAACCAUUGUCUAUCAUGAGGUGGGUCAUGCAUCUUACAUACGCAAAUCAGGACUAGUGAGGUCAGUGUGUGUGUGUGUGUGUGUGUGUGUGUGUGUGUGUGUGUGUGUGUGUGUGUGUGUGUGUGUGUGUGUGUGUGUGCUUGCAGGGCAGCCUGGUAGUCGGGGGAAACCUAAGGCUGCUUCCUGAGGUGGUCCAGCAGAUUCUGAAGCGCCUCCAGAAAA